GGACUGGGAGAGAUGAAUGCCUCAGGAUGAGACAAGGGGAUGCCCCGGGCUGAGAAGGGGAUGCACAGAGCUGGGUCUCUCCCGCAGCGCCAGCCUCUCAGAGAAGGAGCUGAAGGAGGCAAAGGCGCGGAGCCAGAGGAUCGCGGCGCAGCUCACCACGGCGCCCGGCCCCAGCUCCAAGGGCGUCCUGCUCUUCCACCGCCGCAGGCAGCGCGUCGACGGGCUCACGGGGGCUGGGAAUGGCGGGGGGCUGCUGCUGAGCCCUGCGCCCCAGCCCCGGCAAGCGGCCAUGGAGGAGGGCGAGGGGCAGGGGAUGAAGGCGGAGCCUGACCAGCCCGGCAACCCGGGAGAGAGGAUGCGGACAAAUGCACCCCCGUGCCAGGAGCCGCCUGCUGAAGCCCAGCAGGUCCCACUCAGCGUCUACCUGAAGGAGAACAUGGCAUCAGCUACCACCAAUGGCGUGCAGGAGCAGGCGGCCAGUGGGAUGGAGAGAGGGAUGGAGGGGCUCGGGGAUGCAGGAGCCCCUGCAGGGCUAAGCAUGGCACCUGUUGCCCUGCCACAGCACGCUGAGGAGGGGAAAAACAUUGACGUGCCCAGUGAGGUGCCCGGUGAGGUGCCCAGUGAGGUGCCCAGUGCGCCAGCGGGGACAGCCACAGGGAUGGCAUCCCCAGGUGGCCAGCAGCAGAACGGGGUGCAGGGCCGGCAGUACUACGAGGUCCAUCUCACCCUGGCCAAGCCCAAGCCUGUGAAGAACCGGACAGCCAGACCCUUCGGCACCCAGGCGUCCCCCACCAGCAGCCAGCCGGCAGAGGAACCCCCUGCCCCAGAGCUGCCCCCACCGCCCACCUACGUGGAGACCCUCAGCAGCCCCCCACCUCUCACCCGUGUCCGCUCCCCCCCUGCCUACUCAGCCCUGUACCCCUCUCAGGAGCAGAAGAUGCUGCCAGGUCCCCUCCUGGGCUGUGGGGUGAGUGGACCAAACCCCUUGCCCAAAACGGGGAUCCUGGAGGAGUCAGCUGCCCGGAGAGGAAGCAGAAAGUCCAUGUUCACCUUUGUGGAGAAGCCAAAACUAGGCCCCAAUCCUGACCUGCUGGACCUGGUUCAGAGUGCAGACAGCAGGAAGAAGCAGAAAGAUCAGGGAGAGCCCAGUGCAGAGGAUGAGCCCUUCGUCCUUGGGGCUGAAGCUGCCAACUUUGUCCCCAACAGUGCAUCCAGGAGUGGGCACCACCUCCCGCCAGCUGAGGAUGCUCCGGCAUGGUCCUCCUGCCUCAAGUCUCCCACCAUCCAGCCCAAGCAGAAGCCGCAGCCCAGCCACAUCCUCAGUGAAGCGAGAGGGAAGGGGGCUGAGCUCUUUGCUCGCCGGCAGUCUAGGAUGGAGAAGUUCAUCAUUGAGGCUCCCUCCCAGCCUGAGCUGCUGCGGUGCCCAUCGCCCACCAUGUCUCUGCCUCCCUCCUGGAAAUAUGACAACAAUGCUUACCUGUCACCCAUGGUCUCCAGACGCCCCUCCAAGAGUCCCUCCAGGCCCUCCAAAACCCCCCCUGCGUCUCUGUAUGGCAACAACCUGAUGGAGAAUGAGGUCUCCCAGAAGGAGCUGGAGAUCUCCAAGCACCAACCCUACCAGCUCCAGUCCUCUCUCUUCAUCCUCUCCCCAUCUAAGGGGCCGUCAAGGUCCAUGCCCCAAGAGAUGCCUCCACCCAGACCCUCUCUUCCAGAUGCCUACCCCUACCCCCAGCAAGCCUCUUGCCCGACCUCUCCAUUGCCUCCUUCCCCUGUUUGGCAUCCCCCUGUCGUGCCCAGUGCUGGCCAGACCACCUCCAGCCCCUUCCCUGGCACUGCCGGGGCUCUGCCCCUGACUCACGAGAGCCGUGCCAGUCCCGGAGCCCCGGCUGAGGUGCUCCUGGCCUCCCCAUGCCGCCUGCUACCACCCCGGGGGAAGGCAGGCUUCCAGGCACCCCGGCCCUCCUACUCCACCAGGAAUGCCGGCAUCGAGCCCCAGGACAGGCGGUCGUCCCUCCCUGCAUCGCCCACUUGGACGCCCCGGCUGGCACGGCGCCCGGGCAGCCUGGACGGCUGGGCCAGCCCGGCCUCUGUGCCCGAACUGGAUGAGGGACCUCCCAUGUCACCUCCAUGGAGCGAGAGGUCCCUGUCCCCGCUGCGGCAGGACGCGGACCCCCGGGCCAGCCGGCAGAUGCAAGCGCGGCUCGCCAGGAACAUCAUCAACGCUGCCCGCAGGAAGAGCUCCUCUCCCAAAGCCGUGGGGCUGGAGGGCUCCCGGCCCUUCACCCCCAUCUCCGCCGGCCCCCCCAGCCUGCCCCAGUCCCCCCGGCUGGGGCCCAGAGCGCCGGCACUGCAGGCUGCCAGCAGCGUGCUGGGGAGCCUGGGCAGCCCCUCGCCCACCCACAAAAGCCCCUUGCGAUCGCCCCGGGCAGGCAGCCCCCAGUUCUGUGCCUCCCCCGGCAUGCCCCGAGCCGCCUGGGCAGAGGGUCGCCGGCUCCUGCUGCCACCCAGCACGUCCUCCUGCCCCGUCCCCAGGCUGUCCCCCAUCCCCAAGAGCCCCCUGCCAUCCCCCGUGGUGGGCGGGCGAUGCCCAGCCAAGCGCUGCACCUCCCGGUCCCCGACAGACUCGGACGUCUCCCUCGACUCCGAAGACUCGGGGACCAAGAGCCCGGGAAUCCACAGCUUCAACCUCUGUCCCCGGGGCUGGACCGGCAGCCUGCGGCUGAAGACGGGGGGUCUGCCCUCGGGGGCCCCUUGCACCUCCUAGAUGAGCCAGCCCCAACCAAACCACCCCCUUCCUGGACCUGUCAGCCUGGGUGAUGCCACCCGCUGACCCCCCCACACCGGGAACACCCCAACCCUCGGGGCUGAGGUCCCCAAAAACCAGUGUCCCUGCGGAGCUGCCGCAGCCCCUCGGUGUGCCAGCAGGGUCAGGUGCCUCCUGCUCGCCCGCCAUCCCGUGGCCCUGCUCUAUUUUUACCACCCUAACCUUUCUGUGCAGGACUGCGUGAUCAGCACGCAGGAGCAGGCAGUGGGGAGAGCCAGCCCCCUCCCUCAGCAGCCCCUGCCCACCAGCCAGCCCCCUCCCACAUAGCCAGGAUGGGAUGGGCUCGGUGGUCCCCUGUGAGCUCCCUGUCCCCAGCUCCCAGGUGUUAUCCUGGGGUGUCACUGCAGCUCUGCUUUGCUGGGGUGGCACAGCCACCAUAUCCAGCAGGGAUGGGCAGUGUGCCAUGACCGGGUUCCCUCUCCCAGCCUCCAGAACUAUCCAGUUUCAACUGAAAACAGAUUCUGGGGAGGAAAAGUUAAUUUUUUAUUCCAUCUCCCCAGUUCUUCAUUGCUUUUUUUUUUUUUUUUUUUUUUACUUUAGACUCUUUCUCAAAGAAAUUCUCCCAAAUCCUUCCUUCCCUGGUGACCAAAAUGAGCCAAAGUUAUUUAUUGCCACCUCAAGGGGACUGUUUAUAGGUACCCUCCUGUCCUCCCCAAACAAAGAAGGACAGCCCCAUCCUGUACCUGUCACUGUCCCCAUCCUCAGGUUCACCCCAUCCUCAUCCUCACCCUGGCAGGAUGGAGGCACACACAGGAACCAAUGGGCUCUGUGGCAGCCAGGGCAGGUGGGAAGAGAUGGGGGGCUGUGGGGGGCUGAAGGAAGUGGUACAUGUUGCAGAGGGUUUGAAGGAGGUGUCUGCACAGGAGAGUGUCCCCAUGGGGAUGAGUCGGUGUCCCCACACCUUGAUGAGACCAGGACUGGAAAAGAGUUUGAAUCUGGGCUGCCAGAGCUCGGACACGUUCCCAUUCAGGGAGCCCCAGUCACUCCUUCCCGUUCCCCAGGACACACUGUUGGAGCCAGCCCAUCCCUAUUCCCUGGAGUACCUCCCCCCUGCAGUCUGUUCUUCCUGGAGCACAGCCCCCCACUCCCAGGACAUAUCUCCCACCCUCACUCCACCAGCCACCAUAACCUGCCUUCACCACGCCGCUGUAUACCCAGCUCAGAAAUAAACUGCCUUUAUCCCA